AUGGGUCAUAACCCAUCGGGCCCUGAAGACCAUUUCCCUGAAGCUCAGGACAUGGAAAUGGAUGAUUACCCGGAUCUCGCCGAACCACCAUCUGGGACACCUGCUCAUCCCAUCGAGAUUUCGGAUGGGUCGUCUUUUCAUGGAUCACCUUAUCGUGGUCCAGACAGCUACAAGCAAUCAAGCUACAUGGCUGAGUCAGAAGAAGUCAACAGUCACCCUCUGGAAAAUCAUGAGGCCACUAGGAUCAACAUAACCAGGGAAGAGCUUCGAACAUUAAUUGAUACCGCUGUAUCUAAAGCCGUGGACAGGCAAUUUAGGGAAUCGAGUGGUAUGCAUAGUAAGACCUCAUCUGUACCCCAUUCCAAAUCUCACCCUAAGACUCAUUCUGAGGCUCAUAGUAAGCCACCUUCUAAACAACAUGAGUCAAAGAAGGAUGAUGUUCAACACUCUUCGAAUCAGCACAGCAAAGAUCGCUUAGAAAAUUCUGAUGCUGGAAAGAGAAAACAUGAGGAUGAUAACUCACACCAUUUAGACAAGAAGCACAAAGGGAACUCUGAACACAAAAAGAGUUCAGGGUUCAAGAAAGAUGACCAACAACUGGGCGAGAAGCCCAAAUGCAAAGUCUGUAAGAAGCGCCAUUUGGGGAGGUGCAGAUACGAAUCGAAAUCCCAAUCACAACCGAGAGCUUGUGGGAUUUGUAAGUCAAACGAGCACAAGACGUUAGACUGUAAGAAGAUAAAGGACGCGACGUGCUAUAACUGUAAUGAGAAGGGGCACAUCAACUCCAACUGCCCAAAAUAUGCCAAGAAACCAGAGGAAGGCAAGAAGACUGUGCUUGAUUACAACUGA